UUGCUAUCUCAACGGACUGGUAAAGUGGGGGCGAAGAAAAAAGAGAGGAUCCAAUCCCAGUUUCGUUUUGAUUGCAUCGGCAGGGAAGGAAGGAACCCCUAACCCUGGCCUCCUAUUUAGCGGGGUGAUUGGAUUGGAGAAGAUGUCGUCGGAUCCUCGGAACCCUAAUCCUCCUCCUCCUCCACCUCCCGGUUCUUCGUCAUCCGCGCUUCCGGCGGGGGGCAGCUAUUUCCCGCUCCCUUUCCACCUGCAGCAGCAGCCGGUGGCGACCUACCAGUACCAGCAGCUGCAGCAAGCGCAGCAGCUCUUCCAGCGGGACGCGCAGACCAUCACCCCCGAGGCGCUCGAGAGCGUCAAGGCCGCCCUCGCCACCAGCGACGUCCUCGACCCCUCUGCUGCCAGGGCCUCCGCCUCCUCCUCCGACGCUGCUGCCAAGAAGAAGACAAUCCCUCGUCGUGCAGCCGGACAGUCCUGGGAGGAUCCUACCCUCACCGAGUGGCCCGAAAAUGACUACAGGUUGUUUUGUGGAGAUCUAGGUAACGAAGUUAAUGACGAUGUUCUCUCAAAAGCCUUUUCGCGGUUCCCCUCCUUUAAUAUGGCAAAGGUUGUUAGAGAUAAGAGGACUGGCAAAACAAAAGGUUAUGGAUUCGUCAGUUUUUCAAACCCUACAGACCUUGCUGCAGCAAUAAAAGAAAUGAAUGGAAAGUAUGUUGGGAAUCGCCCUAUUAAAUUGCGUAAGAGCAAUUGGAAGGAGAGGACAGAUGUCGAGGCUCUACAAAGACAAAAGAAUCAUAUUCAGAAGAAACCUAAAACACAAAAGAAGGGUAUUCUUCACAAGUAAAGCUCUAUUGGGUUGUACCAGGCUGAGCCCUGUAGAACAAGACUUGCUCCUUUGGAUAAAGGACAUCUGAAAAGUAUAGUGGCUGGGCACCGGUCAAUGCGUGCAAGGAUGAUACUAUACCUAUUGAAUUGUAACGCUUACUAAGCAAUGUUCCAUCUGGGUGACAGGCAUAUUUUUACAUUUGCAAGAGUUACAACGAGUAUUUAUAAUCAGCGUUGUUUUGUUGCAACGA